ACAGUUUUUCUAUGUCUUUGUACACAAACACAAAGUAUGGACCUUGGACAUUAUAAUAUACAUAUCUUUUACUGGAUUUAUUGUAAAUAAUCUGAAAAUUAUUCUUUGUAUUAGAUAUCAAAAGUGUCAUCAUAAAAUUUUUCCCACGCUUGGAAAAGCAGACAAAAAAAGAAAUGAUGACACAAUUAUAAGUAUACUUGCAGUGUGAAGUAAAAUGUCAGGAAGUAGACCACCGCAUUUUGUUUAUAGUGAAGAUGUUUAUGGAAUAAUUCCAAGAGAAAUGGAUCAUUGGCGAGUUGUUGAAGAUCAAUUCAGAAGACUGAAUUCUACUGUAAGACAAGAUCAAAACAGCGAUUCCAAUAAUGAAAAUUCGGAGACACAAGGAGCAGACAUAUCCUCGGAAGAGGACACGACUCAUUACACAGGUUCUGAUGCUGCUGAUAAUGAAUUAUCAGCUGAUGUAACUGACGGUGCCUCAUCGCCAAAUCAAACUACAGCCGGAAUUCCGACCCUAAGUUCCGAUGAAGAUAAACGAUAUUGUUGGGUUUGUUUUGCAACUGACGAGGAUGAUGCAACUGCAUUGUGGGUGAAACCAUGUCACUGUCGAGGAACGACAAAAUGGGUUCAUCAGGGUUGUAUACAACGGUGGGUAGACGAAAAACAAAAAGGCCGAGCCAGUACGAGAGUCGUUUGUCCACAAUGUAAUACAGAAUAUAUCAUCGUUUAUCCAAAUAUGGGGCCUUUGGUUGUAAUAUUGGACAAAAUCGAUGGAGUUAUAUUUCGAGUAUGUCCAUUUAUAGCGGCGAGUAUAGUUGUUGGUUCUGUUUAUUGGACAGCUGUUACUUAUGGAGCAAUUACCGUAAUGCAAGUCGUUGGUCACAAGGACGGUUUUACAAUGUUGGAAAAUGCAGAUCCUUUAGUAUUACUCGUAGGUUUACCUACAAUUCCAAUAAUGCUCGUUCUGGGAAAAAUGUUAAAAUGGGAAGAUCAAGCAUUGAGUUUACUCAGGCGGCACGCUUGUAAAGUUCCAAUUUUAAGGCACUUCCUACCUAGCAGUUAUUCAGACGAUGAGAGAACACAAUCACAGGAAAUUCCACCAAUGAGUGAUCCAGUUUCUGUGACGAGAGUUUUAUGCGGCGCGUUAUUAUUGCCAACAAUUGCAAGUAUUUGUGGCAAAAUAUUCUUCGAAAGUAUAAGUUCAAAUUUUCAAAGAACGUUACUUGGAGGUGUGGCCUUUUUGUCAAUAAAAGGUGCAUUUAAAAUUUAUCACAAACAACAACGAUACGUUAGACAAUGUCAAAGACGCAUAAUGGAUUAUACAGACACGAAUGUUGCAAUUUAUCGAAGACAGAGGAACGCUGAAAACCAAACUGAUAAUUAAAAAGUGUUUAAAAAGAGAGGUGAUUUUAAAGAAGAAAAAAAAAAACAAAUUGAAACUAUUUUAGUUUCAUGUUAAAAAUUGAAAAUGACGAUUAAAAACGAUCCCUUAAAAAACACGCAGUGAAUGUAUACGUAAUUCUUUUAAUUUAAA